GAAGUUGACUCAGCCGACAACUCGACAAAGCGGUGGCGGUUGACUAGGGCACCAUCGUCUGCACGCUGUAACAAAUGCAAAUCUCUUAAAUUUGACUGGAAAUCUCGUGGUCUUGUUAACUUACUCAGUUUUCACUUUUCACUGUGAUUAUCUUACCCUUUAAACAAUAAUGGCAGACGAUGACUUUGAGAACGACGAUGGCGACGAUUUUGAAGAUGCUGAAGACGAUGAUAACAUGGAUGAAAUGGAACAGCCAGACGAUGAUGCACAAAUUGAUCUACUUCAGCAAGGUGAAGGUGGAGCUGGCCAACUGCAAACCAAGCGCAUUACAACACCUUACAUGACAAAGUAUGAAAGGGCACGGGUGUUAGGGACCAGAGCAUUACAAAUAGCAAUGUGUGCACCAGUCAUGGUUGAAUUGGAAGGUGAAACAGAUCCCCUGCAAAUUGCAAUGAAAGAAUUGAAGCAGAAGAAAAUUCCUAUAAUCAUUCGCCGCUAUCUUCCUGAUGGAAGUUAUGAAGAUUGGGGAAUAGACGAACUUGUAAUCAAUGACUGAGUCCAACAUACAAUAAUACACUAAGAUGUCUUUUUAA